GGGGCCCGGCCCCUGGGCUGGCUACUGGGGGCACAUCGGCAGAGCGGGCAAGGAGGGGCCCUGGCCAGGAAGAGCAGCGAGAGCUGUGGGGCAGAACCAGGUGAAUUCGAGCAGCUUGGGGCUCCUGAGCCUGGAGUAGCUGCAGACCAGGACUCCAGCGUAUUGACUUGCCCGAUGGGAAGCACAGGACUGAAAUACUGGGGCCGGGGGGAGGGGAAUCUGUGGGUCAGGGCUGACCAGCCAUGGGCACCUCCGUCUGGGCCAGCAGAGCUGCAGGUUGCUGGGCCCGUGACCCCUGAGCCAUGGCAAGCAGCAGCGGUGGCUGGGGUGCUCCCAAGUCCCACAAGCCCAACGGGAAACCGCAGCAGCUCAAAUACUCAGGUGUUGUCAAGAAAAAGGAUUCAGAAGUUUAUGUCGGAAACGUCCCGCCUGAGAUGACGGAGGAGGACAUAUUGCUCCUGCUCAGGGACUUCCACCCGCAGCAUAUAAAAAGGUGCCAUUCCGGGCUGAGAAGCUAUGCCUUUGUAGAUCUCAGCUCCUCUGAGCAGGUGCAGGCUGCAAUCCAGCGCUUCAACGGGCACCUCGUGAACGGACGUCGCCUGUUUCUGAGCCGCACGGGUGCAGACAACGGGAGGAAGGCCCCGGCUGAGACCCAGAGCACCAUGGAAAUGCCCGCUUUGGAGAGAGUCCCUAGGGGAGAGCUUGGUCUGAGCCAUGCAAAGGCAGAGACCCAAACCCUGCAGCCGGCGCCUCCCGAUGCAGCGAGGCAGAUCUGUUAUGCGGUUCCCAUGGAAAUGAGGGGUUCCUUCUUGGCACUCAUGCUAAAAGACUGCUUUCAGGAUCUGAACUGGUUGGUGUCGAUUGCAAAGCUGCACGGAGAGGCAGGGCUGCUGGUGACGGAUGCUCUGCCACAGACCCCGUACUUCUGGGCCAUACACCUCACAGAGGAAAGUCACUCGAACAUGCACAAGCUGUUCUGCCAGCUGGCGGAAGAGGAAUCCAAGCAGCCCUACCUGACGAGGCAGGCGGUGCAGCGAGGGACCCGCUGCAUGGCAGAGUGCAUUCUGGGGGAGGACGGCGCGGCAUGGAACAGGUGCUGGGUCUUGGAGAAAGUGGAAGAUCUUGCAGUGGUUCUCUUUGUUGACUUUGGCCGUUCAGCCACUGUUCCUCUGAACUCACUGCGGAAGCUGGAUGAAGAUGAUUUCUGGGACAUAAAACCGCUGGCCCAGCCCUUCAUGUUCCAAAAAGAGAUUGUCUCUGCAAGACCCAUGGUCCGGCAAAUCCUGCGAGGGAAGGUGGUUGGCCCGUCUCGCCUGGAGCCUCACAUCCUGACAUUCACCUUCUGCACAGAGGAGGAAGAGGAAGCUGAGGACCAGUGAGCUCUGAGCUGAAAGUCCCCUGCCUCUUGCUGCCUAAAGCAGGAGUGGGGCAGAGAACUGCUGGACCUUGGAAAAGUCGUCUUCAGCCUGAACCAGCCUUAUUAACUGGCUGCAGUGUUGUGAUUGUGGGGAGGGGGCGUCUCUUAUUUCUCCAGGUUUAGUGAUAUCCCCAGUUAGCUUCAAGGGGGUUACCUAGUUUUGAUUUUUCUGUAAAAUUGUGAGGGGGCUGGUGAACUGUCUCUCUGGUGCCUGACUAUUAAAUGGAGCCUGGCAAGUCCCGCUAACGCUGCCUCCGCUAGGUGUGGGUCUGCCCAGAGUGCCUGGCUGCUGGACAAAUCCCUGUUAGACCAGCAUGUGCCCUGGCAGCUUGAAGGGCCUGU